AGAAGAAGAAGAAUCGCCUCUGUUUUUGACGUCAUGACAUGUCGUGACCUCACCAGAACGGCGGGUUCAGGCUGCUGUUCACAUUCAUGAAGAGGCUGCUCGAGGUCUGCUGCUUUUCACACAGAGAACGCCAUGUCUAAAGAGCAACAGGCCCCCCGUGAGCCCGAGCAGCUCCGUAAACUGUUUAUCGGAGGACUCAGUUUUGAGACAACAGACGAGAGUCUACGAGCCCAUUUCGAGCAAUGGGGGACCCUUACAGACUGUGUGGUUAUGAGGGACCCCAACACCAAGAGGUCGAGAGGUUUUGGGUUUGUGACCUAUAGUUCAGCCAGUGAGGUAGAUGCAGCAAUGGAUGCACGUCCACAUAAAGUGGACGGAAGAGCUGUUGAACCCAAGAGGGCCGUGUCUAGAGAAGACUCAUCAAAACCAGGCGCUCACUCCACUGUUAAAAAGAUAUUUGUGGGUGGAAUCAAAGAAGAUACGGAUGAAGAACAUUUGCGUGAGUAUUUCUGUCAGUUUGGUAAAAUCGAGGAGGUGAACAUCAUGACUGAGAAGAACAGUGAUAAGAGGAGGGGAUUUGCUUUUGUCACGUUUGAUGACCACGACUCUGUUGACAGAAUUGUCAUUCAGAAGUACCACACAGUAAAUGAACAUAACUGUGAAGUCAGGAAAGCUCUCUCCAGAGAGGAAAUGAACAGGGUGUCAAUGAAUCCACGAGGUGGCCGAGGUGGUGGUGGUAGCAACUUUGGCAGAGGAGGAAAUGGAGGUGGAUAUGGAGGAAGAGGAGGUUAUGGUGGCGAUGAUGGAUUUAAUGGCUAUGGAGGGAAUGGUAGUGGCUAUGGUGGGGGCGGGCCUGGUUAUGGUGGUAAUCGUGGUUAUGGAGGUGGUGGUGGUUAUGGAAACCAGGGAGGAGGUUACAGUGGUGGUGGUUAUGAUAACUACAACAAUGGAGGUGGAGGUAACUUUGGAGGCAACUUUGGAGGUGGAGACUAUAAUGACUUUGGCAACUACAACCAAUCCUCCUCUACCUAUGGCCCCAUGAAGGGAGGAAACUAUGGAGGUGGUGGAAGGAGUGGUGGUGGCCCAUAUGGUGGAUAUGGAGGAGCUUCCGGUGGUGGUGGUUAUGGUGGAGGCUCUGGUGGCCGGAGGUUUUAAGUUCCAGGGCCACAGUACUUAGGAGAGCCAGAGAGAGAGAUGACAGGGAAAGGAGAGAAUGAAGGAAAGCAGCAAGCAGGUUUACACCUAGAUCUGCCCAGCCAUGCGGCGUGGUAGCAGUAUUAACGUCUGCCAUGCGAAGAGAACAUGUUCAAUAGUGGAGGAAAAUCAUGUGGGUGGGGGGGGGGUGUCAAAAGUACGCUCAUCCUGGCGAACAUUUACUAGUUUGUAGUUUGUCCCUUUUUUUGUCUGUGAAGUGCAAAGCAUUCCAAUGAGGUUUUAUAUAGGGUUUCAUUUUUGGAUUUUCUCUUAAACCAGUAGGGUGUCUUUCUUUUGCUCUUUUAAAUGUAAACAUUAACCAAUCAAGAUUGAAUAAACCGCUCCAGUUUUUUUAAAUUAUUAUUAUUAUUGCAUUAUUGCUGUGUUUUAAUAUAGUUAUAUGUGAAUAUUCAACAGUCGCUCACUUGUGUACGAAUGAUUGUGUAGUACACAACGUACCCUUACCAAACUGUUGUGUGCUUUUGGGUAGAUAUCUUUCCCAAUCUUAAAGGUUUGUCUGUAGAUUUAAGCUUUAAACAUUUAGUCAUGAUUUUUUAAAGAUUAUUCAAAAAGGUUUGGAAGUACAAUGUCUUGGUAGCUGCAAAAUGAAAGCAACAUUGGUUUUCCAACCUUUGGUUGAUAUCCCAGUGAAAAACUUUCUUUGCAGUCAAGUUUCCAGAAAAAGUUUUCCAUAAAUGGUUUAUGUUCGUUAUUAACUUUAGUAGGAUAGUGAAUUUUAUUUUUAGUAUUGGGCUAGCCUCUAGUAUUUUUUUUCCCCAUUUUGACAUUUCUAUAUAUAUGCAUACACACACACACACACACAGUGGGUACGGAAAGUAUUCAGGCCCCCUUAAAUUUUUCACUCUUUGUUA